AUGGCGCAGUGCGUGCGUCGGCUGGUGCUGGCGGCGACGCUCGCCGCUGCGGUGGCGCUGCUGCUGUGCACGAGCAGUGCGCCGGUGGCGCGUGCUGAUGGGACGGGCAACUUCACUGAGGAGCAGCGGACGCACACGCUGGCGGUGCUGCAGGCGUUUGGGCGUGCGAUCCCUGAGCUUGAGAAGAAGUGGACGGGCAACGACUUCUGCUCGUGGGACCACGUAGCGUGCGUGUCAGUCAACGUCUUCGUAGGUCUCAAUGUUUCGACGUAUGCCGGCACGCUGCCGGAGAUACCUGUGAACGUCGACUACAGGCACGUCAUGAUCCGGGACCUGGGGUUCUGGAAUAUGCCACUGCUGAGCGGGACGCUGCCGGACAGCUGGAGCCAACUGGGAGGACUGCUCUCCGUUACGUUGUCGGGCUGCGGCGUGAGCGGUACACUGCCCGCCUCAUGGGGCUUGAUGGUUCGUUUACGUGAAUUGACUGUGAGAGAUUGCAGGCACCUCACCGGCAGCCUGCCUUCUUUGUGGAGCUGGCUGCCUAAUUUACAGAAGCUGGUGCUGAGGCAACUGCAGCUGAGCGGUACGCUGCCGGCUGAGUGGAGCCGGGUGACGUCAUUGCUUGAGCUGGAGAUCGUUGCUGCAGGCGACAUCACCGGCACGCUGCCGCCCGAGUGGAGCUCGAUAAAAUCGCUGAGAACUCUUAAUCUGGAGGGUACUCAGGUCUCCGGCACACUGCCCCCGGGAUGGAGUGAGAUGAAAUCGCUGACCAAUCUCGAGCUGGAGGGUACUCAGGUCUCCGGCAGUCUGCCGCCCCAGUGGGUCUCGAUGGCAUCGCUGAGAACUCUUAAUCUGGAGGGUACUCAGGUCUCCGGCACACUGCCCCCGGGAUGGAGUGAGAUGAAAUCGCUGACCAAUCUCGAGCUGGAGGGUACUCAGGUCUCCGGCACGCUGCCCCCAGGAUGGAGCUCGAUAAAAUCGCUGAGAACUCUUAAUCUGGAGGGUACUCAGGUCUCCGGCACACUGCCCCCGGGAUGGAGUGAGAUGAAAUCGCUGACCAAUCUCGAGCUGGAGGGUACUCAGGUCUCCGGCACGCUGCCUCCAGGAUGGAGUGAGAUGAAAUCGCUGAGAACUCUUAAUCUGGAGGGUACUCAGGUCUCCGGCGCGCUGCCCCCAGGAUGGGGUGAGAUGAAAUCGCUGACCAAUCUCUAUCUGGAGGGUACUCAGCUCUCCGGCAGUCUGCCCACGGAAUGGAGAGGGAUGAAAUCGCUGACCAAUCUCUAUCUGGAGGGUACUCAGGUCUCCGGCAGUCUGCCGCCCCAGUGGAGCUCACUGACAUCGCUGAGAACCCUUGAUCUGGAGGGUACUCAGGUCUCCGGCAGGCUGCCGCCCGAGUGGAGCAGGAUGUUGAGUGCCGAGAACCUGCAGCUGGAGCACUGCGACCUGUCCGGCAGUCUGCCGCCCGAGUGGUCUGCGAUGCCAAGGCUGCGUCUUGUCGGACUGAGGGGCAACCACUUCUGCGGGUGUGUGCCGGACUCGUGGGGCAAGAAUGCUGGUCUCCUUGUAAGAAUCGAGGACGAGCACAAGGGCAGGGACUGCAGGCUCGGUAACGACUGCCGCACGACUGAACCCACCACCACUGCUACCCCAACAAACACGCCUACUCCUGCGCCCGCUCCCUAG